CUAGUCGGCCCGACCUAGUUAAUUGUCCGUCAGGUGGCGGGUCGUGAUCCGCAACACUAUUGAAAAAAAUGUUGGAAAACGACCCUGGUAAAAGGAUGACAUCAACACAAGUGGCCGACCAAUUAAAAUCGAUCAAAGAUAAGAUUGCUGGAAAAGAAAAAGAAUUGCUUGAAUUGUGUGGGCGUGACAAUCGAUUGGAUCUAACGGAAAAAAUUCAAAACUUCAUUCAGUUCGGAAUUAAUCUGAACGCAAAGGACGACGGUGGAAGGAAUGCGCUCCAUCUUUUGUGUCAAAACUAUUCCAGCCCAAAAUUAACUGACGCAAUUAAACUUCUCAUCGAAAACAAAAUCGACGUGAAUGCAAAGGACAACGAUGGGCUGAACGCAAUUCACUAUUUGUGUCGAUACCAUUCAAGCCAAAACUUAAUUAAAGCAAUUGAAAUCUUGAUUCAUUUCGGAAUCGACGCGAAAGCUACGACCAACGAUGGAUCAAAUGCGCUCCAUUAUUUGUGUCGAUACAAUGCAAGCCAAAAUUUAAACGACGCAAUAAAAAUUUUCAUCAAGCUCGGAUUGGAUCUGAUGACAGAGGACAACAACGGAUGGAGUGCGUUAUAUUAUUUGCAUAACAAAGAUAAGAAGGAAAUGAAAAUUUCGUUCGACCGCGAUGCUCUACUCGGGCAAGGUGCCUUUGCUACGGUAUUUAAAGGAAAGUUCAGAGGCCGUGACGUCGCAGUAAAAAGAGUUGCUUUACGCCGUGUCGACGAAAGAGAAGAAGAAGCAAUGCUCAACAAGUUAGAACAUCCAAACAUCGUUAAACUUUUUCACUGUGAAAAGGACAACGACUUCAUGUAUCUCGCAAUGGAAUUGUGUGUUGCCUCGUUAGAUCAGCUGUUCCUGGAUCCGGAAGAUCCCCGAAAAUACAGAGGACCUAUGCCACGUGAUAUUGAAGUUUUCCAUCAAUUAGCUUCAGGACUUGAACACAUUCAUUCGAAGAAAUUUAUUCAUCGAAAUAUUGAACCGAAUAACAUCCUCAUUUCGGCCACAUCUGCUAGACGACAAAUAGAGGUGACACUCAAGUGGGCUGGUUUUGGACUGGCCAAAUCCGUCAAUGAAAUGGGAUUACACUCGUGGUCUGGAGUGAGAGGAAGCAGAACUUGGUGGGCACCGGAAGUGCUGGAAAAGCUCAUCAACGGAGAAAUGGUGGAACAAGAAGAAAUUUGGGAAACCGUCAAGAGCGAUGUGUUUGUCUUAGGACUCGUUUUCGGUUAUCUUUUCUUGGAGGGAGAACAUCUUUACGGUUCCAGCCAAAUAGAAAUUAACAAAAACAUAAUUGAAAAAAAUCCGGUGAAUAUGCAAAAAAUUGAUGGUGAAUUGCGCAAAUAUUAUGCGGAUGACUUACUAAUGAAAAUGUUGGAAGACGACCCGCAAAAAAGAAUAACUUCGGAAGAAGUCGUCAAACAACUGCAAUCCAUCAACUAUAAGCUCACUGAAAAAGAAGAAGAAUUGCGUCAAAUGCAUCCUCAAGAAUCUUCAUCGGCUCUACCGGGAAUAAGCGGAGUAUCCAUUCACGACGAUAACGUGAUUACAAAGGACAAGGGUAAAAGGAAUGCACUCCAUGUUUUGUGUGAAAGCCAUUCAAGCUCCAAUUUAAUCAACGAAAUAAAACGCUUGAUCAAAAUCGGGUACAAGGUGAAUGAUAAGGACAAGGACGGACGGAACGCGCUUCAUUAUUUGUGUCAAGACAAUUCCAGUUCCAAUUUAGUAGAGGCAAUUAAACUCUUUAUCGAUACCGGAAUCGACGCGAAGGAAAAGGACAACGAUGAAUGGAACGCACUCCAUUAUUUGUGUCGAUUUAAUUCAAGCUCAGACUUGAGGGAUGCAAUUCAAAUGUUAAUCAAACACGGAAUCGACGCGAACGAAAAGACAAACGAUGGAUGCAAUACGCUCCAUUUAUUGUGUCAAAACCAUUCAACCUCGAACUUCAUAGACGCAAUUCAAAUAUUAAUCCAACAAGGAAUCGACGUGAAAGAAAAGGACAAAAAUGGAAGGAAUGCGCUCUUCUUCUUAAUCAGAAACAGCAGUAUGGAUAAACAUUUGAAAGCGAACGUCUUCAGAUUUUUAAUCCGACACGGGAUUCAAGUACAUAGCGAAAACGAAGAAAGUUGCAAUAGAUAUCAAGACUUUUUCAAAGAAAACGACAAUUGGGGGAAAAUAUGUUUUGACGUUCUGGUAGAGGAAGGAAUACGUUUUGGAUGGCACGACGCUUGUGAACAUUGCCAACAAAUACUGUCGAUUAAGGAAAGACCCCGAUUACGAUUGCAGCACCACCAAAUGUUUAGCAGCUGCUAUCUAGUAUUUAAUUCUCUCAUGGAAGAAUGGGCGAAAUCAACUAAAAAAUCUGGAGAAUCUGAGCUGGAUAUUAAGAACCCAACAGAAUGGCUACGCGAAAAAGCAGAACAAUACCACCAAAGUGAAACUGAAAAAAGAUACAAAGAAGACUUUGAAUUCAUGGCUGAGGUCAGUGAGCAAGUCAAAGACGGGAGCAACUCGGGUUAUUUCAACUGUGACAACUAUGAACGUUAUUUGAGAUCCAUGUACUCGAUCGCGGAAAUGACUGGAUCCAAAGAGUCCAUGGGACAAAUCCAAUUGUUUUAUCUUUUACCUUUUGAUUUCGCAAUUUAUUAUGGCAAUGAGAAAGAAUCAGACAUCAAACGAGCGAAAAUUGAAUGGGACAGGACGCUUUUCAGCUGGGCACACACAGAAACUGACGAAUAUUACGGCAAAUAUCUGAAAGAGGAUGCCAACGAGGGCUUUUUCCUGCCCAAAGAGUUCAAACACAAGUGUCAUGGUGAGCUUUGAUAUAAUAAUGCCUUCUAAAUAGUUAUUAUUAUUAUUUUUUUUAAUGUUUGAGUGCCAUUGCUACAAACUCCUAAAAGACAUUGAAAGUAAAUUGUUGCGCGUAAUAUGUAACAGAGUUCAUUCUUCUUUUCGAAUAACUACAUUAUGCAUGCCGUGCCUAGUUUGUAGUUUUUCCCUUUAGAAAAUAGUAACAAAUACACUUGGAGCCAUAA